CGCAUCGUGCAGAACUGCGGCACCGACAAGGAGAAGCGCUACGCGCGCAAGAUCGAGCCCAUCCGCCGCAAGGGCAACUACCUGCUCUGCUCGCUGCUGCUGGGCAACGUGCUGGUCAACACCACCCUCACCAUCCUCCUCGACGACCUCAUCGGCUCCGGCUUCGGCGCUGUCGUGGCCUCCACCAUCGGCAUCGUCAUCUUCGGCGAGAUCAUGCCGCAGGCGCUCUGCUCGCGCCACGGUCUUGCCGUGGGCGCCAACACCAUCCUGGUCACCAAGUUCUUCAUGCUGGUCACCUUCCCCCUCUCGUUCCCCAUCAGCAAGCUGCUCGACUGCAUCCUGGGGCAGGAGAUCGGCACCGUCUACAACCGCGAGAAGCUGGUGGAGAUGCUGAAGGUGACGGAGCCCUACAACGACCUGGUGCGGGAGGAGCUCAACAUGAUCCAGGGCGCCCUGGAGCUGCGGACCAAGACGGUGGAGGACGUGAUGACCCCCCUGCACAACUGCUUCAUGAUCAACAGCGACGCCAUCCUGGACUUCAACACCAUGUCGGAGAUCAUGGAGAGCGGCUUCACCCGCAUCCCCGUCUACGAGGACGAGCGCUCCAACAUCAUGGACAUCCUCUACGUCAAGGACCUGGCCUUCGUCGACCCCGAUGACUGCACCCCGCUCAAGACCAUCACCAAGUUCUACAACCACCCCGUGCACGUCGUCUUCCACGACACCAAGCUGGAUGCCAUGCUGGAGGAGUUCAAAAAGGGGAAGUCCCACCUGGCCAUCGUGCAGAAGGUGAACAACGAGGGCGAGGGGGACCCUUUCUACGAGGUGCUGGGGCUGGUGACGCUGGAGGACGUCAUCGAGGAGAUCAUCAAGUCGGAGAUCCUGGACGAGUCGGACAUGUACACCGACAACCGCAACCGCAAGCGCGUGGGCAACCAGAAGAACAAGCGGGACUUCUCGGCCUUCAAGGACCCCGUCAACGAGCUCAAGGUGAAGAUCUCCCCGCAGCUGCUGCUGGCCGCUCACCGCUUCCUCUCCACCGGUGAGUCCGGGGAACGGGGCUCCGAAUGCCGGAGAUGA